UACGUUUAUCGACUUUAUGAUGAUGCCAAUGCCACUGCAAAUAAUGAGUUCAAUUUACUGGAAUCAUGGACCACUAUUCUUACGGACAGCCUGCCUUCAAGGAGAAGACCUCCAUAAACUUGAUUCUGCGUAAUAUAUUUAUUCACUUCCAAGAUUUGGCAUGUAAACGUCAUAUGCAAGAACAAAGAAUAACAGGUCAGGUAGGUCAGCGGCGUAGGUUCUUGAACACAUAAGAGAUCUCAAGAUAUAUUCUUUUUAUUUUUUCUCCAUUCAAUAACACAGUUCUUCCGGUACACCGAAAUCAAAUAAUUCAAUCAAAUUGCUUUUCCGAACCACAAUUUUCACACACAACUCGCUUCAAACGUUCAAUAUGGCCAACACGGUUCUUGUCGUCCUUGCGACCUUCACAACAGUUGCUGUCCUCAUUGGCGGCGCAUAUGCUAUGGGACUUCUCGACGAAUACAUUGAGAAAAUGGGAGUUUUCGCAUUCAAAGUCAAGGCGAAGGCAGAAGCAAAGAAGAUGGGCCUUCAAGGUCUUCAAGAAGGCACUGACUUUGUCGCAAGUAAGUUACCAACGUCUCCCCUGUCUGCCAAAGAAUCGCAAUAGGUUUUAUCAUAGCCUUUGCCCAAUACUUGGCCCUUUUCGAAUGUCCAAUGCUAACAAUAUAUCUCUGUAGGUGACUUGAAGGGUAACCAACAAGCACAAAAUGUUAUAGAGGGCAAAGGACCCAUUGGCGGACUGAAGAAAGAUGGAGAGGGACUCGCAAAUGGAAUUUUGGGAGGAGCCGAUUCCAAGGGAGAAGGAUUGGUUGGCGGAUUAAAAUCCGGUGGAGAGGGAUUGACUGGAAAGAUUCUCUAAAGGAUAAAUCUUCCGACGGACUUUCAAAGUUCGACGACCUAACGAGCUAUGAUUACGAAUAUCACCAAAAUGGCUUAUGGCUUAUGAAUGCGGGGUUCGGCUUGAUUACUGUCGCCUCAUAAACUAUUUGGUUCAGGAUGUAACGAUGGGAUGAGCCGUAUUAAUCAGGAGUAUAAUAUUAAGGCGAGGCUGGUUGGCGUUACAGUUGGAAUUACAAAAUGCAGGAGUUUCUUCAUUCUU